ACGCUUUCCAUAGUAUCAAACACGUUAUCAGCAACGAUCUGCUCUAAAGAAACCCUAGCUUCCUUCGUUGACGAGAAGCUGCUUGAGACGGAGAAGCUGUUAGUGACGAGAAGCGAUCUUCGGCGAGAAGAGACGAACCAGUACUGCCUCAACGACGAGACCGAUCAACCCUUCCGAGAUCAAAGAUGUCUAAAUUGGCAAAUCUUGACUUCCCUGCUUUGAAAAGCAAUGGUGAAAAUUACCUUGAUUGGGCACUUGAUGCAAGGAUCAUGCUACGAUCAAAAGGACUUGGUGAUACGAUCAUCAGUGACAAUAAGUCCAGUGAUAAAGAUCGAUACAGUGCUAUUUAUAUAAUACGCCAUCAUCUCCAAGAGAGUUUGAAAACUCAGUACAGAACCACGGAAAAUCCAUUGGACCUUUGGAACGCUUUACAGCGACGUUAUGACCACCAGAAAACGGUGAUGCUUCCAAGGGCUCAAUAUGACUGGAAACACUUGAGGUUCCAGGACUAUAAAACAGUAGACGAGUACAACUCUGUCCUGUUUAAAAUUGUUUCCAUGAUGGAAUUAUGUGGUGAAAAAGUUACUGAGCUCGAGAUGCUUAAUAAGACUUUCUCGACGAUGCAUUCCAGUAACAUGGUAUUGCAACAGUAAUACAGAGAGAGAAAGUUCACCACAUACACUGAGUUGAUCGAAUGUCUCUUGUUGGCUGAAGCCAAUAAUGAACUGUUAAUGAAAAACAGUGAGAUGAGGCCUCCGGGAACGGCUCCAUUACCUGACAUCUCUAAACUUGCUAUAGAGCAAAAGAAAGAGAGUAACCUUGUCCACCAUAAUAACCAACCCGGCUCAUUCCGUGGUAGAGGUAGGGGACGAGGUGGCACGUUUAACGCACACAGGCGAGGACGUGGUAUCAAACACUCUCUCUCUUUUUAUAUAACACUCUCUCUCUUUUUAUUUUUCUUUCCAUAGUAUCAAACACUCUCUCUCUUUUUAUUUUUCUUUCUAUCUUUUUCUACUUUCUCUUAAAAACUAAUUUUGUUUUUUUCGGGUUAUUCGGUAAGUAAGCCUUUGAAAUGAAGCUGAAGAAACAAAAAAAUUGUACGAGAGUCCAAAAGCAGAGGAAUAUUCUUCUGUGCCACGUCAGACUUCAGACUACUGUAACUAACGUGCACCCCCGCGCACAUGAGAUAAGCCCAUCCGGGAACUCCGAAACGAACCGUUGAGCGAAAAGACUUUCUUUCGCUGUAAUCAAUCAGAUACAACAAUCUGAGGAGAUGAUCAAAGCCGCCAUGGAUCUCGGUUGCUUGGACUUGGGAUGCCUUUCAGUCUCUGACAAGAGAAGUGGCGCUGCCGAUCCUCUUCACUUUUCGUCUUCCCCUUCCAAAUCUGGGCAGAAUAAAUCACCAAGAGAGACAUCAGCUCUUAGAAAAUCACAGUCAAAGAGGUCUUCUCAACGUAAAUCAUCACCUCUUGGCUGGUUUCCACGCAGAAGAGGGGAUUCAUACUUGAACAGGAAGAUCAAGAAGCUACAGGAAGAGGUUGGUGGAAUGAAUCAGACUCUUGAUGAGACUCUUGGCGACUCAAAUCCACACUACUGUAAGAUUGUAAGAGAACAAAUGGCUGUUAGGGAGUCUGCAGGCAAAGCCAUGGAGCUCCGCAAGGCGGCUCUUGUUGAAGCAUCCUGGUCUAGAAUACUUCGAGCUGCUAGGAUACCGAGUUUAGAAGCAGAAACAUUGAUGGAGAAUGCAGAAAAGGCUGCGGUGGAGGCCUUUGAAGCAGCGUCUGCUUUGGGAGUGAUAAUGCAUGAUAAACCAAACAGCUCAAGGAAGCAGUAUCGUAUCAAAACAUCAGGAACACAUGGAGGGGGCUCUCCUACUCAUACUGUUACAGCUUCUUUUGAAACUGCAUUUGAUGUGGAUAAAGAAGUAGCAGCUGCUGUUAAGACUGCGUUUGCUAAGCUUGCAAAUUGUCCCUCUCUCAGUAAAGCCGAGAUUAAAGAUCUUCUGAGGAAAAUCAGUGAGAAUCCUGAUCAGCGUGAUAGUCAUCAUGAAAUCACUGAGGCGUCUUCUGAAUGUGACACAGAGUCUGAUUCUGAACUCGGCGAUCUCCACAAGGUUGAUGAGGAAGUGGUUGAACGUGAGGAGACUUCAUCCUUCAAAAUGACACAGCUAAAAGUCAAGAGGCGGCAGUCGUUUGGGAAGUUUAACAGGGAGAAGCUAGUGGAUAUGAUGCUUGAGAGGCUUCAGGGCUUACAAGAAGACCAACUCUCAAGUCUUGCAACUAUAGUUGCAACUUGCGGUUUAAGUGAGGCUUUGGCUGAAGUUGGUAAUCAGAGGCUGCAGACCACAAACACCGAACCAACUGUUUCAGAUCAUGCGAAUUCUACAUCAAUGGAUACAAGAUCGAGAAGAGAUUCAAAGAGUGGGUCUUUCACUGAAGGAAAAACAACAAGUGAUGGAAAAGAGACAGAGAUUCCGAGUUUGGACAAGUAUCUAGUCAAGCACAUGACCAAACUUGAAAGAGAAGUGUAUGAAGCCAAAAGGGUUUCAAAGGAUGUAACUGAGAAAGGCAGAAAGGUUCCUCGAGGUGUUGCAAGUGAAACUGUUCCAGAUCUAGGAAGCAUCCUUGUGAAGCAUUCUUCAAAGCUUGAGAAAGAGAUCGAAGAAGCUAAGAAGAACCCCGGAGUAAAUCCUAGGACGUACCAAAAGAACUCAAGCAGAAGCAAAACGCCAUUGGAUCCUGUCCCGGACUUGGAAAGUUUGCUAGUAAAGAAGCAUGUUUCAAGAUUGGAGAAGGAAGUUGAAGAAACCAUAAGGAACUGCGGAAGCAUGUAUGAGAACGUGAAGAAAUCCGGAAAACAAGAUACAGGAGCAGCUAAUGUCCCUGAAGUUGCCAGCCUGGAGAGUUGUAUGGUUAAACAUGCCUCCAAGCUAGAGAAAGAAGUCCACGAAGCAAAGAAGAGAAACAAAGAAGAUCUUGAAGCAAGAAAUUUGGGAAAAGUUGAGAAAAGUUCUAGUUUGCUGACAGAAGAGAUGGGAAAAGAAAACAUGGACUUGAACAAGAAAGCUGAGGGGCAAGAAGAAAGCCUAGGCAAGAUCCUGGUCAAGCCGGUGCAUAGAUUGGAAAGAGAGAAAGCCGCUUCAGAAACAGUCUAUGGAAACCUGAGGAUCAAACAGAGAAAACAAGAGUCGGAUUAUGAGAGUUUGGACAAAAUUCUGGUGAAGCAUGUUCCAAAGCUAGAGAAAGAGAAGCUUAUGUUCAAAGCAGAUAGGGAAGCGGCCAAAGCUGUAGUAGAAGAGAAGGAGAACUCAAAGAGCAGCAAUGACGGGAGCAUGAAGACGGUGAAACCGACUCUGACCAGAAGACAAAUGAGGGAUAAAGAGAUACAAGAAACGUGGGGUGGUUUAGGUCUUGGUGAGUCAAAGAGACCUGAAAGCAAGAAAACAGAAGUUACGGAGGAUUUGGGAGAAGAGACAAGGCCGGUUCUUACCAGACGACAAGAGAGGGACAAAGAAAUGCUGGAAGCUUGGGGUGGUUUGGGACUCGGUGACUCAGGCUUGCACCAAACAGUUAACAAUAAGCAUAAAAGGAAACCUGGAAGCGAGAAGAUGGAGACAGCAGCACCAGUGUUAACCAGAAGACAAGCAAGAGACAGGGAGAUGCAAGAAGCUUGGGGUGGUUUAGACCUUGGGAACGCUAUUCGACCGAGUCUGUCAAAACUUGAAAGAGAAAAGGCUGCGUGGAUUAAAGCCGAGGAAGAAGAAAGGACUCGAGGAAACUAAUGGCAUUGAACUCAAUAGAACAGAACAUAAUCUAGAACAAUGGUAAGAAAAAGUCAUUGUCCAUAAGGAUCAAGCUAGUUUCAAAAUUGUUGUGUAAAUUUCAGUUUGUAACAAUGGAACCGUGGAACAUUGUAAAAUAAUUCAUCUUGUUUGCUACAA